AUGGUAGUUAAUAUUUUACAAGGCCAGUUAAAAGGUGGUACAAUUAAUACUGCUAAGGGUAGGCAGGUAUUUAGUUUUUAUCAUAUACCUUACGCAAAACCACCAAUUGGAAAACUAAGAUUUCAGGAGCCCCAGCCUGCGGAGAGUUGGAGAGGGGUGAGAAGUGCUACGACCCCUGGACCUGCGUGUCUUCAACAUAUUACUCAGUCCUUCAAAACUACCGGGGCGGAGGACUGCUUGUAUCUCAAUGUCUUCACUCCUGUUCUGCCAAAUAUAACAGCUGUUCCUCCAUGGUUCUCGGUCAUUGUAUUCUUCCACAACGGAGUGUUCGUCACGGGAGACUCAAACUUGUUCCUCCCGACUUAUCUGUUGGACCAGGACGUCAUACUUGUCACCGUUAACUACCGACUUGGGGUUCUUGGUUUUCUAAGCACAGAGGACCUUGUGGUGCCAGGAAACAAUGGACUGAAGGACCAAGUGUCUGCCUUACUUUGGGUCAGAGACAAUAUAGAGAGUUUUGGGGGUGAUAGUGAUAGAGUGACUAUCGCAGGUAACACAGCUGGAGCUGUCUCUGUACAUCUUCACUUCCUCUCAUCACUCUCAGCUGGUUUGUUCCAGGCAGGUAUAGCUCAAAGUGGGUCUGCUCUGGCUCCAUGGGCCAUCAGCGUCAACCUGAGACAGAAGACUCAGCUGAUGGCUGCGACCUUGGGAUGUCCUACAAGUGAUUCGGCUCUGAUGGUCGACUGUCUGCGGACAUUCCCUCCGCAGCAACUAGUCCUCUUCACACAGAACUAUGAGGUGUUUAUAAACACGCCCUUUACUCCAUUUGGCCCUAUAGUGGAGAAGGAAGGAGAACGACGGUUUUUGACUGAUUAUCCGUACAAGUUGAUUCAACAAGGAUUGGGUUUGGAUCGACCGAUAUUAUUUAGUAACUGCAACAAUGAAGGACUGUAUCCACUGGCAGAGAUAAUUGGGAAGAGAGAUCAAUUGGAAUUCCUGGAACGAAGAUGGACCGAUGUUGCUCCGUAUCUUCUCAACUUCAAUGACUCGGUGAAUGGAAGAACUAAUAAAGCCCUGGUCUCUAGGUUGAUAUGGAAGUACUAUAUUGGAAGUGCUACAUCAGAUUUGAGCUCUAAAAUAAUCAAGAUGUUUGGAGAUCGUCAGUUCUUGGUAGACGGUGGCCGGGCGGCCGCACUCCAGGCCAAAGUCAACAUCUUCAGUCCAGUGUAUUUCUACAAGUUCUCUUACCGAGGCCACAACAGUUACUCGCAGUUCUACAAUCCAUCUCAUGUAGGGGAUUAUGGUGCCGCUAACGGUGACGACCUCAUGUACAUUAUGCAAAGCCGAGCGUUGUUUUUCAACUCCUCCAACCUGUCUGAGGACGUGUUGAUGAGAAAUAUAAUGACUGGAAUAUGGGCCAGCUUCGCAAUAACAGGAACCCCCUCUAUUGGCAACAUAUCCUGGCUUCCAGUGUCAUACCUGGACUAUGAAUACAACACUCUAACUCAUUUGGAUAUUGUGUCUCCCAACAGGCUGACUAUGGUGAGGAGUUCUAACUUUGGCAACUCUACUUUUUGGAACAGAUUACCUCUGAGAGAGCCUUGGAGUGGAAGGUAUUCUUGACUAUUUAAAUUUGUCAUAAUAAUGUGGUAGUGAAAACAAUUUUAACAAAAACGUGACGUAUACUUGCAAACAUUAUUAACUGUUAGAGGGUUCUGUAACACGAGUAUAUGACUUUAGUGUAAUAUCCUUUUUUGUUCCUAUUUCUGGGUUCAAGUGUCGACCUCCAUCUUCUAUUCCUCCACCUGUGUCAGUUCGCUCUCUUUUUAACAUGUUGAAGAGUUAUUUAUCAUUUCAAAAUAUAUAUUCAAAUACUAAAGUGAUGGCAAUUUAAAUAUCUAGGGAGUCCUCGAAGGCUAACGGCCAUCUUGGACUUUCCACCAUAAGAGCAAUGUUAAUUUCAAAACGCCUCUGAAGAGUUAUUUAUCACAUAAAUAUUUUGUCCAAAUACCGGUACCAAAGUGAUUGUAAUUUAAAUAUCUAGGGUGCUGUGAGAUCAGAAAUUGUUGUUGUGGUUUUGUAAUUGUGCUCCCUGGAUCAGCCCACCAUAAGGACAAUUUUAAUUUCAGCCACUCAAGAGUUAUUAACCCUCAUCAAAAUAUGUUUUCAAAUGCCAAAGUAAUUGUAAUUUAAAUAUCUAGAGCACUGUGAGAUCAGAAAUUUUCUUUGUAGUUUCGCAAUAGUUUUAUGAGUUA